UUAAAAAAGAAAAAGAGAAAGAAAAAUAGGAAUAAAAUAUAAUAAAAUGGAAAAUUAUUAGAAAAUUGGAGAAAAGGGAUUAGUUUGUUAUUGUUUAAAAGGUUUAAGAAGCGUCACUCUGUUUUUUUGGAGAGCAGAAAAAGAAACAGAGAAAAUGGGGGAUUUGUUGGACGAAGAGUGCGAUUAUCUGUUCAAGGCGGUUCUCACGGGCGAUUCCGGCGUCGGAAAAUCCAAUCUCCUCUCUCGUUUCGCCAAGAACGAAUUCCGAUUCGACUCCAAACCGACGAUCGGCGUCGAGUUCGCUUACCGGAAUAUAAAGCUCGCCGAUAAACUCAUCAAAACCCAAAUCUGGGACACCGCCGGCCAAGAAAGAUUUAGGGCAAUUACAAGCUCAUAUUAUCGAGGAGCAUUGGGAGCAUUGCUUGUGUACGACAUAACACGAGUGGCUACAUUUGAUAACGUGAAGAAGUGGUUGGGAGAGUUGAGAGAGUUGGGGAAUUCAGAUAUGGUGAUCAUUUUAGUAGGAAACAAGUGUGAUUUGGAUCAAUAUAGAGAAGUGGAAGAAGAAGAAGCACGAGGCUUGGCAGAGCUGGAAGACUUAUUUUUCAUGGAAACUUCUGCUAAGGAUAAUGUUAAUGUGGAAGAAGCAUUUCUUGAAAUGGUUCGUAGGAUCCAUGGCAUUGCUUCCCAAAAGACCUUGGAUUUCCAUACAAAUUUUGAAAAGCUUCUUGCUUUUCCAAAUGGAAAAGAGAUUCUUAGUAUUCAUGAAGUAACUCCAACCAAACCCAAUUCAUAUUGUUGCUCUUUUUGAACAAUUUUGUUCUAAAUUGUCAAUAAUCUAACUUAUACUUUGGUUGUUUUGUUGGAGUUCUUUUAUUUAUGCUUUACGGAAAAUAUAAACUUAUACUUUUAA